AUGACUGCUCCCUCCGCACCUCUUCCUGCCGUCAGUUUCGACCCAAACUACUUUCCGGCGCGGCUCAACACUUCACUGAAUGCUGGGCGGUAUACCAUUCUGCGCAAGCUUGGUGAAGGCGUGUCAUCUUCCUGCUGGCUUGUCGAAGAUGGGGAGGGCGAAGAAGGAUACAAGUACUUGGCUGCGAAAAUCUUGACGAUCGACGCUACGCAGCAACAUGAGGCUGGUCUGACACACGAACUCGAAUUCCUCAAGGAGAUCGAGGCGCGGAAUGACACUGAUCACCUUCCCAUGCUCCGAGAUCACUUCAUCGAACAUGGACCCAAAGGCAAACAUCUAUGCCUUGUCCAGGACUUGUACAGUACAUCUGUAUCGUCUUUACGACGAUCCGCACCCCACAAGGCCCUUCUCCCGUACAUGGUGAAGAAUGUCAUCUUGAUGGCUGUCGAGGCUCUUGCCCAGCUGCACGCUAUGAACAUGGUCCAUACAGGUUUGCCAGAUCCAAAUCCACUUGGUCUGUACUCACAGACGAGCGAUACAGAUGUUAAGCUUGAUAAUCUCCUCUUUGGCAACUCGCUUUACUCCUUGGAUCGCGAUCUACAGAAGUACCUUGAAGCAAAUCCUGCACAGCUUGAAGGAGAAGCACAAGUGGAAGGAGAGACUUACCCGUCUGUCUCAUUCAUGCACCCCACGGCUCAGCGAGCCGGUAAACAGCCAACUGCCGACUGCUUUGGUGCACUUGACCUCCGUGCAGCAGAGACCAUUCUUCAAUCGGACUUCGGGCCAGCGGUGGAUAUCUGGGCCGUGUAUCGCCAGACUUUUCCAGAUAAGAUGCUUCAGCGUGCCAGCCUCCGCAAGGAAUACUUUGACGAUACAGGUAACCUUUUACGCAUACCCGAGUUGACAUCAGUCAGUUUGGAGACGGCCAUGGCGAAUUACAAGAUCCCCAACCCUUCAGAGGACGAAAUUCGUUUGGCAGCGGAUUUUAUUAGGGCUUGCCUGAAGUUUGAUUCUGAGGAGUGA